UUUUAUUUUUCUUCAAUUUAGUUUUUUCAAAAAUUGAAAUCUUUCUAGAGUUCGUUGUUCAGUUGAAACUCUCCCAAACCGAUCAAGGAUUGUAAAGUGAUGAUUCUUGACAUGUUAGUUCGAUUUGCUAUUUGUGUAUCUGAAUUUCAACUUAAGGCUCAGUUUGGUUGAUGAGAAAACGUGGCAAAAGAAAAAAAUUAAUAGAAUAAACAUUUUGAAUCCUAUGUUUAGUGAACAACUCACCACUACUCAGCCUAUAAGUUGCUCUGAUUUUAGUUAUGCAGGUUUUUCCCCCUUCUUCUUGGGCUCUAUCGAACUCCAAAUAAUGAAACAAUUUAAAAUGCAAAGUUUUAUUCUUUUGGCUUUUCCAUCAUUUUCUCAACAACCAAACAGAGCAAUAGAAAAAGAGUAAUGGUCGAACUAAAGUAAAACUAGGCUUUGAGUGAUUAGAAAAGGGAUUUAAAAUCUCAUCUUUCACAAAUGGGAAUAAAAUCAUUUAUUGCUACAUGCAGACAUUGUAAUGUUCUCUAUGUUUUCUGGUCUGCCUAUCAUAUAAUUCUCUCUGUUAUUUAUUGAUUACAUGCUUGAAGAUACAGAUGGGUCUAUGAUCAUUGGGCUAUAUUGGAGUAGUUCAACUUUUUGAGAGGUCGUUAGUUCUGGAGGAUAAGGGGCAUAGCAGCAACUCAGAAUGCAUAGAUGAAGAUGCUCUUAACUAAGAAUCAAGGACAAAUCUUUCGUUCUUUUCCAAAAGGCUGUUAUAUUUCCAGCAUUUGUAAGAAGUUCUCAUCCUCAUGUAAUGGACCUUCUGAGGUGGAUGGGAAAGUUGUUUUUUCGGCCGAUGGUGUUGAUAAAAAAAUCCCUAGAAACAAUGAGGGUAUAAGAAAAGGAGUGGAUGAUGUAUGCUGUAUCUUGGAGAGUGGUCCUUGGGGACCAACCUUGGAGAACUCUCUAUCUGCACUUGGUGAAAAACCUCUACCAGAAUUAGUAAUUGGAGUCUUGAAGAGACUUAAGGAUGCCAAUACUGCAGUAAAUUAUUUUCAAUGGGCUGAGAAACAAACUGAAAAAGUACAUUGUCCAGAAGCAUAUAAUUCGCUUCUCAUGGUAAUGGCUCGGAAUACAGAGUUUGACCAUCUGGAACGUAUAUUGGAAGAAAUGAGUCUUUCUGGGUUUGGCCCAUCUAGUAACAUAUCUAUUGAGCUGGUUGCAAACUGUGUCAAGUCUCGGAAGUUGCGAGAGGCUUUUGAUAUUAUACAAACCAUGCGAAAGUUCAAGUUCCGCCCAGCAUUUUCAGCGUAUACAAUUUUAAUUGGUGCUCUGUCUGAGGUUCGUGAGCCUGAUCCCAUGCUCAUUCUCUUUCAUCAGAUGCAGGAGCUAGGUUAUGAAGUAAAUGUGCAUCUCUUUACAACUCUCAUUCGUGUAUUUGCCAGGGAAGGUCGGGUUGAUGCUGCUCUUUCCCUGUUGGAUGAGAUGAAGAGCAACUCUUUAGAUGCAGAUAUCGUUCUUUAUAAUGUCUGUAUAGAUUGCUUUGGCAAGGCAGGUAAGGUGGAUAUGUCCUGGAAAUUCUUUCAUGAGAUGAAAUCACAUGGCCUUAUGCCUGAUGAUGUGACAUAUACUAGCAUGAUAGGGGUUCUCUGCAAAGCUAAUAGACUGGAUGAAGCUGUGGAGCUAUUUGAACAGUUGGAACAGAAUAGGAAAGUUCCAUGUGCUUAUGCUUACAACACCAUGAUCAUGGGUUAUGGAUCAGCUGGAAAAUUUGAUGAAGCUUAUGGUUUACUUGAGAGGCAAAAGGCAAAGGGAAGCAUUCCCAGUGUUAUUGCAUACAACUGCAUUCUUACUUGUCUUGGGAAGAAAAGGAGAGUUGAGGAGGCUUUAAGAAUCUUUGAGGAGAUGAAGAGAGAUGCAGUUCCCAAUGUUCCAACUUAUAAUAUUCUCAUAGACAUGCUUUGCAGGGAAGGGAAACUCAACGCUGCUUUGGAAAUUCGGGAUGACAUGGAAAGAGCUGGCCUGUUUCCUAAUGUUUUGACUGUGAACAUAAUGAUUGAUAGGCUAUGUAAAGCUCAAAAACUUGAGGAAGCUUGUUCUAUAUUUGAAGGGAUGGAUGAUAAAGUUUGCACCCCAAAUGCAGUUACAUUUUCGUCUCUCAUAGAUGGUUUGGGUAAAUGUGGUAGAGUGGAUGAUGCCUACAGCCUAUAUGAAAAGAUGCUGGAUUGUGGUCAUGUUCCUGGUGCUAUUGUCUAUACAUCCCUCAUUAGAAGCUUCUUCAAGUGCGGUAGGAAGGAAGAUGGUCACAAGAUCUACAAGGAGAUGGUCCAUACAGGCUGUUCUCCUGAUCUAACCCUUAUUAAUACCUACAUGGAUUGUGUUUUCAAAGCUGGUGAAACUGAGAAAGGCAGGGCUUUGUUUCGGGAGAUUAAUGCCCAUGGCUUCAUUCCAGACGCUCGGAGCUAUUCUAUCCUUAUCCAUGGUCUUGUAAAAGCAGGUUUGGCAAAUGAGACCUAUGAACUGUUCUAUGCAAUGAAGGAGCAAGGCUGUGUUCUGGACACCCAUGCUUACAAUGCUGUGAUUGAUGGAUUCUGCAAGUCAGGUAAGGUGAACAAAGCUUACCAGCUACUGGAGGAAAUGAAGGUGAAGGGUCACCCACCCACUGUGGUUACCUAUGGUUCUGUCAUUGAUGGGCUUGCCAAGAUUGACAGACUUGAUGAAGCAUACAUGCUCUUUGAAGAAGCAAAAUCAAAUGGAAUAAAAUUAAAUGUAGUUGUGUAUAGUAGUCUUAUUGAUGGGUUCGGGAAGGUGGGUAGAAUUGAUGAAGCAUAUCUAAUCAUGGAAGAGUUGAUGCAGAAAGGUUUGACACCUAAUGUAUAUACAUGGAAUUGCUUGCUUGACGCACUGGUAAAAGCCGAAGAAAUUAAUGAAGCCCUCAUCUGCUUUCAGUCUAUGAAAGACUUGAAAUGCCCUCCCAACCAGAUAACAUACAGCAUUCUCAUAAAUGGUCUCUGUAGGGUUCGAAAAUUCAACAAGGCCUUUGUGUUUUGGCAAGAGAUGCAGAAGCUGGGAUUAAAACCCAAUACAAUCACCUACACCACCAUGAUCUCAGGACUUGCAAAGGCUGGAAACAUAUUAGAGGCCAGUGGGCUCUUCAGUAGGUUCAAGGCAAAUGGGGGCAUACCUGACUCAGCUAGUUAUAAUGCUAUGAUAGAAGGAUUGAGCAGUGCAAACAAGGCCAUGGAUGCAUAUGCACUUUUUGAGGAAACUCGUUUGAAAGGUUGCAAUAUACAUACCAAAACCUGUGUCGUUCUUUUAGACGCACUGCAUAAGGCUGAAUGCCUUGAACAGGCUGCAAUUGUGGGUGCUGUAUUAAAGGAAACAGCCAAGUCUCAACAUGCUUCAAGAUCCUUCUAACAUCAGGAUUAAGUUUUUGGUAAUUACUGGAGACCUGGAUAUCUUGUAGUUCACCUUUUUUUCUUGUUGAUGAGACAAGGGCCCUCCUUAGUUUUGUUGAUGAGGAACAAAUAGCAUUCUGUUCCUAAAGAUUCUUUGUAGCAUCACAUUAUUCUACAGGGAUGAACUCGCUUUCCCUGGGAAUACCUUGUGACAGACAGUUCAGCAAUCUGCAAUUGAGGAGUCAUUUUAUUCAGGUUGAGUGCAGGGAAAGAGUGAAUUCGACUGAAAAAGAUGAGCUGGUGAGAAACACCAGAUGUUUUAAUUUUUUGGAGGUGGAUAUGAACCUAACUAACAGAGACACAUGGAGAAACAGGAUCACUGCAGUGGAGCUUGAAUAAGUGGGACUAGGGUUUUGUUGAUUUCAUUGAGAAUGAUUGUUAUUGAAGAUGGAGGGGACAUGUUAUAUUCCUGAAUGGAGUUUCUUUGUGAAAAUGAUAUGAACACAAAUCUGCAGCUGCUGCAUUUCUAGUCA